AUGUCAGUCCCUCUCCCAACUACCAACACCUUCCCAGCCGGUGUCCUCCCAUUCGAACAACGUAAAUUCCCAAAGACAAUCUGCAUGUUCGACGUCGAUGGUACUCUUUCGCUAGCGAGACAGGAAGCUACACCUGAGAUGUUUGCUACGUUGAAGAAAUUGAGGGAAUAUACCGCUGUGGCUUUUGUAGGUGGGAGCGAUCUGUCAAAAAUCUUAGAACAGGUCAGAAGUCUCAGCCUGUUCGACUACGGAUUCGCCGAAAAUGGUCUAGUAGCCUACAAGCUCGAACAACCCCUUGCUGCAGCGAGCUUCAUCAAGCACGUCGGUGAAGACGAGUACAAAAAGAUGGUAAACUGGAUCUUAAGAUAUCUCAGUGAUGUAGACAUUCCAAUCAAGAGAGGUACUUUCAUCGAGUUUAGGAAUGGUAUGAUCAACGUUUCACCCAUUGGUAGAAAUGCUUCUAUACAAGAGAGAAUUGAAUUCGAAAAAUUCGACAAGGAACACGGUAUCAGAGCUGAGAUGGUCACGAGAAUGGAACAGGAAUUCGUUCAUUUAGGAUUAACGUUCGCCAUUGGUGGUCAAAUCAGUUUCGACAUUUUCCCUCAAGGUUGGGACAAGACUUACUCUCUCAAACAUGUCGAACCUGAGGGAUUCGAUACCAUCCAUUUCUUCGGUGAUAAAACUUUCAAAGGUGGAAACGACUAUGAGAUCUUCUCUGAUCCUAGAGUAACUGGACAUACAGUCACUUCACCUGAAGAUACAAUGAGACAACUAGACGAAUUGUUCUUGACCGUUGCUUAA